AUGCUGUCGAUGAUGAUGACGGUGACUUCCAGACCACCUCCUAGUACAGGUUCUGGCAUUUCAUGGACUGUUCUUCGUUGGGCUGCUCCCCGAACCGCAUUCGAUUUGUACCCGUACUAUUCAUACGAACAUUAUUGGUUUCUUGUUCUCUCUUCAGCACGUCCAUACGUGAAUACCCUGGCCAAACGGAUGAAUCCUAUUCCAAAUGACGGAGAGGACUCUUCGAAUCACAACACUUCUCCGACCGGCUCAUCAGAGUACUCAGAACCCUCGCGGUCCGAAAACGAGCCAGCGACCACCGUUGUUCUGCGAUCUCAUGUUUCCAUAGAACGUCCGCAAUCCGCGGAUUCCCCCUCACAAGAUUCUUCCGGUCCUCGCUGGCUUCGGGUGGAGAACGAUCAUGGUAAAAGUUACUUGGAUAGAAAAACAGGCGAGCGGUGGGUGCUGACCACCGAUUCCAGUGGUCGGCCUUACUAUUACGAGGUUAGGUCGCAUCAUUCUGUGUGGGAGCUGGAAGAUUUCGAAGGGAUCCAGGAUGAGAAUGAUGCGAUCGAAUACGACGACGUGCCCGAUGACCACGAGCGACUGUCUGAUUCACAUGCCGAAGCCCAGGAGACAGUGGAACACGAAAUUAAAACCUCGGGGGUACAGCCGGUGUCGUUGACGUCCGUUCGCCCAGGGCUCGUCGAUCAACGAUCACCGUCCAGUCGGCAUUCAACUAUAAUAGAAUCUGUUCCGGUUUCCGGCGCAAAUCCUCUCGACGCAGCGUCCAAACUCUCCAAUGGGCGCUUUGGAGAGCACAAACAAAAGCUUUCAGCUGUAGCACCCUUCCGGUGCCUAGCUGCCAUGCCACCCGAAGGAAACACGAGGGCUGGGAUACUGCCAGGUUGCCCAAGCGUAGACAGGGGAAGUCAAGUGGCGGAGGUCGGAUUCGAACCACGGACCUUCCGUUGUAACACCUUUCCGAUGCCCAGCUGCCAUGCUACCAGAAGGAAGCACGAGGCCAGGUUGCCCAAGCCUAGACAGAGGAAGUCGAGAGGCAGAGGUCUGGUUCGAACCACGGACCUUCUGGAUUCCACCAACCCGCGAUGGUUGCGGUAUCAUAACGAUGGCGAUGAGAUGUAUGUUGAUCAGAAAACCGGAGAGCAGUGGGUACUUACAACGGAUUCAAAUGGGAUCCCCUACUAUUAUCAGGUGAAUUCGGAACGUUCUGUUUGGGAACUGGAAGAUAUCGGAAAUUGUAAGGACGCCGAUCCGAGUGACCAGACAUCCCAGACGGGCAGACAGACAUCCUCGAACGUCGAGUCAGCUCCAACAAAACGGCGCACGUUUGCGGCUACUCCGGCCACACAUGCUCCCACUCAUCGUUUGUCCAUGCUAGAACUCAAUCGAUCGACCCAUCUGAUCAAUGAACCGGCGCAAGUUCCUUGUGAAGAUUCCAGGUUUUUCGAUGUGACUAGGAUGAAAAAAGAGCACAUAAGUGGGCCUCAAGAAAACAAACUCGCGCAUUUCGAACGUCGCGGUCUGGCCAAGUAUGCGAAACUCACAACAAACGACCGCCGAGUGAAGAAACGAUGGAGUGACUGUUUGCUCGUAUUAUCCGGUCCGUGGUUUCUCAUCUACAAAGAUAACAAGUCAGCAACGCCCAAGCCGAAUAAUCCCUUUGGGAAACCCGAAGCGAAACUGCAUGUUCAACUAAUCGAACCGUCAGAUGCUACAGAGUCGGAGACUUCGAAAGAGCAUGUACUCAAAAUUGAGCAAAAAGACGCACGUGGCGUAGCUACAACCUACCUGAUUCAAAUGCCGCCCAACGUCAUUGUUUGUUGGAAGGCCGCCAUCCGGUAUGCGCAACAACUCAUGGACGAGGAGAAACUCCUGACCCCAUCCCUUGCCCGAGACACGCUAAAGAAUUGUCUGAAACCACCAUCCAAACUGGACAACGGGAUCCUGUCCAAAAUGCUGGAAUUCUUCCGAAGUCGCCCUUCGCCCGAAGCGCUGCGAUCCCGCGGGAUUCUCAAGAAUGAGCCUGUCUUCGCCUCCACUCUGAUUCAAAUUUGUGAAAGCGAGAAUUCCGACGUCCCACGAUUCGUGGUUUGCGCCGUGCGGGCGAUUGAAGCUCGAGGUUUGGACCAUCUUGGACUUUAUCGCAUCAGUGCGAAUGCGGCCACUGUCCAAAAAUUACGCUGUUGCGUAAAUCAAUAUAACUAUUCCCUGAAUUCCGACAAGUGGAGUUUGGAUGUACUAGCCGGUGCUUUGAAACUGUUUUUCCGUGAACUCAAGGAGCCUCUGUUCACAUUCAAUGCGUUCUCCAAAAUCGCUGCCCUAUUCGCUUCCAACAAACCAGAUUCCGAAAUGGUUGGAUUGUUUCGAACUAUCCUCGACUCGAUGCCUACUCCGCACUUUGCCACCGCAAGGGUGCUGUUCCACCACUUGACCAGAGUACAAGAACAUGCGGAACAGAACCAAAUGCACAUACACAAAUUGGCCCUCGUUUUCGGCCCCAGUCUGCUCCGAUCGGAGACGGACACCGAAAGCCUUGCCAUGCUGACCAAUAACCAAAUGCACAUACACAAAUUGGCCCUCGUUUUCGGCCCCAGUCUGCUCCGAUCGGAGACGGACACCGAAAGCCUUGCCAUGCUGACCAAUGUGCAAGCGCCCUGUGUCGACUUUUGCCUGACUCAUGUCGUGGACCUCUUUGGACCUGUUGUACCGCCCCCGGUCGUCGUUUAA